AUGGAUUUAGAUCCUGAAUCUAAUACUAAAGUUGAAAGGAAAAUUAAGCUUUGUAGCGAAGACGAAAUUUCGGAUAUGUCUGAUAAAAGGAAUGAGCAAGAAAGUGCGACAACUUCCGUUGCAAUAACUAAAUUUGAUACUGGCAGCCGAUUGGCGAGACCGAUUGCUGGCACGCAGGACGUGGACGUUGAAGUGAUUGCACCUUCUCCUAGACGUUCGUCGACAUUGACUUUAUUGACGACUCACAACGAUUAUUUGAGCGAUGCCCUAUGGCGUGUACACCAGAAGCACAUAUUCAUUUUAACUCGUGAGGGUAAACCUGUUUAUACGUUGCAUGGCAAGGAACAAAACUUGUCCUCGAUUUUUCAUAUAAUACAUUAUUUGGUUAAUUUAGCUGCGAGUCGCCAUGAUGAGAUUGAAGCGAUUGAAGCGCAAGGAAGACGAUACGUGUUUUUGGUGCAGCCUCAUCUUAUUCUAGCGGCAAUAUCGAGAACUAGCUUAUCUGUGGAACAGUUGAGAAUGCAACUUAUUGAUAUCUACUAUCAAGUUCUAUCCAUCUUAACUUUUUGCAAUACAGAGAACGCAUUUAAGGAAACUAGAAAUUACAAUCUUGGACGUCUGUCGAAUGGUGCCGAUACUUUAAUUCAUAGGUUAGCAACUGUCGAUUACAAUGAUCGUAUAAAUAAAAAUAUUUUCGCAUUUUUGACAAACUCGGUACAAAUUUUACCGCUGCAGUCCUCGAUCCGUUCAUCUAUAGAAGAUAUUAUUAAAAAGGAUUGUAAAAAAGUGCGCUUUUUAAUAUUUGCCAUAUUAAUAAUCGACAAUCAGCUUGUAACCCUGAUCCGUAAGCGAAAACAUUCAAUCAAUUCGACAGAUUUUAGAUUAAUAUUCAACUAUGUCGAAACUUUGACACUCUCUGAAGGGGAAUCUGUUGAAUCUAGGCCAUUUUGUUUGCCAAGAUAUGACGCAGAAGGCUACCUGUAUGCACAUAUUUCUUACUUGAGCAAAACCUGCCCGGCGUGUCUUCUAUUCCUUUCGUCGAAGACAGAUGACUUUUGUGAUUUAACGGCGAUUAAAAAAUCUAUUAGCAACCAGUUACAAAAAGGUGAAUAUUUAUCGGCAAUUAAUGGGGCGAUUGCAAAGAUAAAGAAAUCACUUCUAGACCCGACAGCAACUGGAAUUCCAGAACUGAGGCAUUUUCUCUACAAACCCACAUAUUUGCAGCAAUUGUUAUGCGCUGAAUUUUCAAAACCGUUUAACACCUUUGAAAAGUUUCGAUAUUUAGAAGACCUUUAUUGUAAACUCUUCGAUCGUUUACAUAAUAGAUAUUGUCCUUUGAAAUUUGUGUACGAAGCUAAUGAAAACGAAAUAAAAGUUGGCUGGACUUCAAAUGAACACGAAUUGUAUGCGGUAUUCGAUCCAUCUCUUGAGCAAACCACAGCUAUGCAGUAUGCAAACAAAAUCGUUAAGUGGAUUCGACAAGAGUUUGACACACUUUUUAUCUAUCAAUAUCAAACGUUUUGA